UCGACAUUUGCGAAUUGUAUUACUCGUUGUCUUCUUCGCCAAUAAAGAAAGAGAAAAUGUUGCGUGUCGCUUCUGGACAAGUUGCUAACGUGCUGCGGGGAGCUAUGGGCCUUUCUGGUCGCAUGGCCAAUGUUGGUUCGGUGCGUGCCUCACACGGCGAAGAAAAUGAAGAAGUUUUCAACAAACGCUACGAGGACUAUUUCAAUCGCAAGGAUAUCGAUGGCUGGGAGGUUCGCAAAGGCAUGAACGACUUGCUGGGUAUGGAUUUAGUGCCCGAACCAAAGAUUAUUGAAGCAGGUUUGCGUGCUUGCCGUCGUGUCAACGACAUUGCCCUGGCCAUUAGGUGGUUAGAAGGUUGCAAAGACAAAUGUGGUGACCAAAAGGCAACCAUCUACCCUUAUCUUAUCCAGAACAUUCGUCCCACUCUGGAAGAAUUGGGCGUUCCAACCCCAGAAGAAUUGAACUACGAUAAACCAGAAUUGGCUUUGCAAUCGGUCUAUGACAUGUAAUUUAUUUACCACGGUACCCUAUCAAUUUAGUUAAAAUUAGUCUGCUAAAAGUGAUAGACGCUUAAGAAGAAAUGUAUUCUAUAAGUUAACGUUGGGUUGCAGUAAAUUGGAAUGCAUUUUCGGUAUUUUACAAUAGCUGAAUAAAUGUGUUGGAUAUCAGAGCUGCCGACAGUGAAAUUAAAA